UGUUGUGCAGUGGAGUUAUCAGUUAAUAGCUGCAGUUCCCAUAGUCACAUACGCUUAACUUAUUUAUUUAUUUAACACAAUAUCGCUCAAAAUGUUCAGAUUCGUUGUUCUGUUGGCUGCUGUCGCUGUUUGCCAGGCUGCAUACAGCCUAAACCCAGCCGGUCCAACCUAUGCCGGAAUCCACACACCAGCGAUCACCAGCCAGCAGUCAAAUAUCUUGCGUUCUUUUGGAAAUCUUGGUCAAAUUUCGACCCACUCCAAAACCAUUGACACCCCAUACUCAACCUCGAGCAAGUCCGACGUCCGUAUUAGCAACCCAGGACUGGCUGUAGGACACGUUGCCGCUGCUUAUCCUGGUUACCACGCUGCAGCUGCAUACCCAGCUUACCACGCGCCAGCUGCGUACGCUCCCGCCGUCUAUGGAGCCCCUGCUGUGAAGGCCGUUGCUGCUGCCCCUGCCCUCCUGGGAGUUGCCUACUCUGCUGCUCCAGCGGUCGCUCACAUGAGCUACAACAACGGACUCGGAAUCAGCUAUGCCUGGUAAACAACUACCGAGCCCUGCUGACCCACCUAUCGAAUGUACCAAUGCGGACUACUGGAACAACUAUAAACAACUCUAAGUCAACACAGUCAACGAAAAAAAAGUGAACACAACGCGAAACACAAUCUACUGCGUUUGCUACGUAAAAGAGAAGAACACACAAACACACACACAACAAUAAUUUUUACAACUUGAACUUCCGGGUAAUAAAUGAACAAUA